UCUUUAAUUUUCUUUUCCGAAGGAAGAAAGUCUGCAUAGCAAUGACAGGAGCACUUGUUCGUGCCUUUAAUGUGUGAUCUGUUUUCUCCAGUGGAGGGCACUCAGUGUAUCACAAACUAGAACAUUAGCACCAACAAGCUCCAAAGCAUCAUCACUCUCUGGAAAGCCUUCUGAAUUAGACAGGAGCUGCCUCUCAGCACAGCUACAAAACACUUUAAACCUGACCAGCUAAAUGGAUAAAGCUAUCCUGCACAGCCUUUAACUGGGGGGUUACACGGCACAGGAGGCCUGCCUGCUUUGGGAGCUGGGAGCUGGAGAUGGAUUGCUGUGUCUGGGAAUGGCAAAAAGCAGCAGAAUGAGAGAUGCUAGGGAACUUUGUGUGGGGCUCUGGAUUGCACGCUGGAUGGCGGUGAUGCGAGCGGCAGCCGCGCUGUGACAUGAAGAUUCUGAUGGUUUUAAGGAAAAGAGAAGCAGUUUGAGAAAGAAGAGAGAGGCAAAGGGGGAAAAAGCAGAAAGAAAGGGGCAGAGAAAACAGCUGGUGAGAGGAAGAAGAGGACGUUUGUUGGUGACAAAAGGAUGGGUUUCCAUUUAAUUAAGCAGCUGAGGGGCAUGAGUGUGGUGUUAGUGCUACUUCCUGUGGUGCUGUUUGUUGUGCUUGCGGGGGCUCAGCGAGCUUGCCCCAAGAACUGCAGAUGCGAUGGCAAGAUUGUGUACUGUGAAUCUCACGCGUUCAGAGACAUCCCUCAGAAUAUUUCUGGAGGGUCUCAAGGCUUAUCGUUGCGGUACAACAGCAUUCAGAAGCUUAAAUCGAAUCAGUUUGCGGGCCUGAAUCAGCUCAUAUGGCUUUAUCUUGACCAUAAUUACAUCAACUCUGUGGACGAGGACGCGUUUCAGGGGAUCCGGAGGCUGAAGGAAUUAAUUCUGAGCUCCAACAAAAUUACCCAUCUGCACAACAAAACGUUUCACCCGGUCCCCAACCUCCGCAACCUGGACCUCUCAUACAACAAGUUGCAGGUGCUGCAGUCUGAACAGUUCAAGGGCCUCCGUAAACUCCUCAUCUUGCAUUUGAGGUCCAACUCGCUGAAGACGGUUCCCAUCCGAGUUUUCCAAGACUGCCGCAACCUCGACUUUCUGGAUUUGGGCUACAACCGGCUGCGGAGCUUAUCCCGUAAUGCUUUCGCUGGCCUUUUGAAGUUGACGGAGCUCCAUUUGGAGCACAACCAGUUUUCUAAGAUCAAUUUUGCCCACUUCCCACGCCUCUUCAACCUUCGCUCAAUUUACUUGCAGUGGAAUAGGAUCCGGUCUAUCAGCCAAGGGUUAACGUGGACUUGGAGUUCCUUGCACAACUUGGAUUUAUCAGGAAAUGACAUAACGGGGGUAGAGCCCGGGACGUUUCAGUGCCUCCCCAACCUGCAAAAGCUGAACCUGGAUUCCAACAAACUCACCAACAUCUCUCAGGAGACCAUCAAUACGUGGAUCUCGCUCAUCUCCAUCACUCUAUCUGGAAAUAUGUGGGAAUGUACUCGAAGCAUUUGUCCUCUGUUUACUUGGCUUAAGAAUUUCAAGGGAAAUAAAGAAAGCACUAUGAUAUGUGCAGGCCCUAAGCAAAUCCAGGGUGAAAAAGUGAGCGAUGCUGUGGAGACAUACAAUAUCUGUGCUGAAAUCCAGGUGGUGGUUACUGAAAGGUCUUAUCAGGCUCCCAAAACCCCCCAGAGACCCGUCUUUAUUCCUAAGCCUACUGUUUCCAAACUUGAAAGCAAUCAGCCAACAUCAGUUGUGCCAAGCCCUCCCACUGACCUCCCAACACCUGCAGUGGAACCCGAAUACGAGCACGUUUCCUUUCACAAAAUCAUUGCUGGGAGCGUGGCCCUCUUUCUUUCCGUGGCCAUGAUUUUGUUGGUUAUCUACGUGUCGUGGAAGCGCUACCCAGCCAGCAUGAAGCAGCUCCAGCAGCACUCGCUCAUGAAGAGGCGCAGGAAAAAGGCCAGGGAGUCUGAAAGGCAAAUGAACUCCCCUUUACAGGAGUAUUACGUGGACUACAAGCCAACAAACUCUGAGACCAUGGAUGUAUCCGUUAAUGGAGCAGGACCCUGCACGUAUAACAAAUCAGGCUCCAGGGAAUGCGAGGUAUGAACCAUGAUCCUCCUAAAACCAUUUCAGCUGCUGGGAAGGAGAGGUCCCUCACCACAUGAAGACUUUACCCUACUACAGCUACGACCAACCGGUGAUCAGCUACUGCCAAGCCCACAAGCCCCUCCACGUCAACAAGGGCUACGACAGCAUGGCCCGGGAGCAGCCAGAGCCCACCAACCUGGAACUCAGUCGGGACCACAGCUUCAUAGCCACGAUUGCACGCUCAGCAGCUCCGGCCAUCUACAUUGAGAGAAUACCAAACUAGGGCCGGAGGCAGCGGGGAGCUCUUCCAAAGGACCUUUCAGCUCAGAAGAGAGCAGGGCCAGGAGCUAAAAUCCACCAUUCCACGUCAAGGUAUUUCAGCACAGACCACGGGAAGGGGAUAAAGCAGACCCCGCAGACUGGAAAUGCUGUCUUGCAGUACACACUGAGAACUUCAGGAUUUUCUUUGCUUUAAACUUUCAAACGAAUCCCUCAAUGUAAAUAUUAAAAAAGAGAUUGUCGAGUUCUUAUUAAAAAAAAAAGAAAAAAAAAGAAUAGAUUUCACUCUAGCUACAUAAAGGGAUGGAUUAAGAGUUUUGUUUGUAUAUUUGAUUUUUCUACAUUGCACGGUUCUAGGGAAGGAGAACCACAGGUAAAAAAAUACAGGGGUUGGGAGGGCAAGGGCUGGGGUGGGAUGGGUCAGCCAUGAUUCCUUAUGGAGUGUUUAUUACUCUACAAAGAUUCGUUUAAUAUUUUUGGUUCUUUUUUUUUUCAGCGAUGCAAAAGAUAGAUCUAUAUUUUCUUCGAUUUUGGUUGUUUUUCUUUUUUUUUUUUUUUUUUUCCCUUUUUCUUUUUUAUUUCUCUUUUUUAAGGUGGUCGAGCACUAAUAUUUCAGGCUUCAGACAUGGGCGUUACAGCUUAUGCUGAACCAAAAGGACAUUGGCAAUUUAUGCAGCAGAAACAAAGAAACUUGGGUGCAUGUACAUUUAAGAGACAGGCUGUACACUACGGAGGGUGCUUUUGAUUUUUACUAUCAUCAUUGUGCUUCAUUGUUGACACUAUAAUUACUUCUGGGGCUCUAAAAACAGGGGGAAACACAUGCAAUGGUGUAUCGACUCUCAUAUUUACAGUCCAGCUGUGCUGUAAGCAAAACUAAUGGACACUGGGGGAGCAAAAUGGAAGAGAUGUGCUUGAAAUGGAUCAGAAGGAAAACCUUUUAAAAGCAAAAGUGUUUUGGUGAAACUCAUUGGUUGACAUGAUUUCUAAAACACAGGAGAAUGUGUAACAUUGGGGGUUUGGUUGGGUUUUCUUUUGUUGUUUUGUUUUGGGUUUUUUUGUUUUGGUUUGUUUUGUUUUUUUAAAUUAAUGAUCCUGACCAGUUAGUUUUUUGUGUAGUUUUUAUCAAUAAAAUGGCAACAAGAAAAAGUGGUGGAAAAAAAAAAAAAAAAGAAUAAUAAUGAUAAUAAACAUAUUAUUUUGUGGUUGGGACACCACAGCCAA